AUGUUAGCAAAAACAAUUUUACAAAAAUCCACAUCUUCAAAAUCAACUACCACAAAUAUAACCACAACAACACACACAACAACUUCCUUUUUAGGAAGUUUAUCAACGGACCUUUGUUCACUGUUGGAGGAUGCGGAUGAUUUUAAUGUGUUAAUCAAAGUUGGUCAAGAUCCAAAUAUUCGUGAAUUUAGGGCGCAUUCAGUUUUAUUACGUGCUAGAUCGGCUUAUUUCAGACGAGCAUUAUCGAGGGAUUGGGCUAAAAUGGAAGGGAAUUGCAUCGUGUUUAAUAAAUCUAACAUUUCGUCGGAUGUUUUCGAAAUUAUUUUAAAUUAUUUGUAUACGGGUACGAUAACAUUAUCUGGACAAGAUGCAGACUGGUUACUUGAUUUGUUGAUGGCAGUUGAUGAAUUAUGUCUAAAAGAAUUACUGGAUUUCGUUCAAGAUCAAUUAGUUCAAAAUCAAUCAAGUUGGCUGAAAAUGAACUUCAAAAAAAUUUAUGAAAUGGCAUUUAAUCACCCGGCACUCACGACUCUUCAAGAUCAUUGCCGACAAAUUAUUUGCGACGACCCGGAAUCAAAAUUCAAAUCUGAUAUGUUACAAUUAUUGGAUGAAAAUGUUUUGGUAUCGAUACUACAACGUGAUGACCUCAAUUUGACAGAAAUACGUACUUGGGAGACUAUAAUUAAUUGGGGCAUUGUACAAAAUCCGCGUCUAGAUCCAGAAGAUCUUAAAAAUUGGACAUCUGAAGAUUUUGUUACAUUAGCCACAACAUUAGAAAGAUGUAUUCCACUUGUUCGUUAUCUUCAAAUCUCACCAGCUGAUAUGUUUAAUAAAGUUUUACCAUACAAAGAUAUUCUACCGAAUGACAUUUUUCAAGAUAUUCUACGAUCGCAGUUUAUUCCGAGUGCGCCGGCGGCAUCGCCAUCAUGCAAAGCUCGUCCUCGUGGGGCUAUCGACUCGAAAUUAAUUUCAAGAGGACAUUUAGCCAUAAUAUCAAAUUGGAUAGACGGAAAAAGUAGCACUCCAAAAUCAAUCAACGAUCUCUUUCAUGAAUUCGAAUUACUAUUGCGAGGAAGCCAAGAUGGAUUCAUGGCGCACACAUUUCAUCAUAAGUGUAAUAACCAAGGCGAGACUGUUGUAUUACUGAAAAUUCAAGGUACCGGACAAUUGAUUGGCGGAUACAAUGACGUUCCGUGGAGUAAUGUUGGUGGAUGGGUUCCAUCUCAUAAAAGUUUUAUUUUUUCAUUGGGUGAUGGAACAAAUUUAUCUGACAUUAUUUUGAGCCGUGUGCACACACCACAUUUUGCUAUCUAUGAUAGUAGUGAUCGUGGUCCAAUAUUUGGUAGUUGGGAUUUGGGAAUGGGCGCAUACGAUCAUCCAUUUGAUAACGAAGCUUCUUGCAAUUGUCAACAACAUCAUUACGAACGAAAUAUUAUGGAGUCGACUGACCGAUUCGCCGUCGAAGAAUAUGAAGUUUUUCGAGUUGAUAGGAAAAUCGAUUGGGUAAAAUAA